UUAUUUGAGGGUAGCCACUGAUGCUCUUGUCGUCUGCUUCAGUUCAUGGCCAGAAGCUUGACGAAGACUUAAAUCUUGCUCUGUUCUCUCCAUUUCUCUUUCAUUGGGGAUUCUCUCCGUCGGUCAGUCGGUCCUCGUCGCUCCUCGACGCGCCAUGUCGUCAGCUUCACACCCAGAUCUCUCCUUCCCAGAGGUCUCCGACCCAAUCCCGAUCGGCCAGGUCAUCGGGAGCAUCAUCCCUUCUCUGCUUGACUACAUCUCUGGACUGAAGCAGAGCCUUCCACCCCGGAAAGACGACAAUGCCCAAGUCAACCAGAAAGCCGGCGACUUCAGGAGAACGAGGAGCUUGCCCGACGUGGACAGAGGAGACAAGUCCAGGAAGGACAAGAACGAGAACAAGGGUCCGACGAGAAGCAGCAGCGACGGCAAGGAAGCCACCGACAAUUCUCUUCACGAGGAUUUGAAUGUUCAGCUGUCUGAUCAGAUCGAGAGGCUCCACAGAGACCUCGGUUAUGUGAAGGACGAGUUGGAGAAGCAUAGGAAGAUCGAGGACCGUGUUGGCGAGCUCAUCAAGGACCUCAUCAGGCGAAGCAAGACCGCGGAUUCGACGCAAACACCUGGGGCUGCCCACGGCGAUUCGGAGAAGAUCCAAGUCCAGCUCUCUGCGGUCGCUGAAAUGGUCACCAAAUUGAAGCUUCAUAUCCCCCCUUCCCACAAGAUAUUGUCCUCGACCUCCUCCGAUGCUCACAGGGGCGCGCAAGCCGCCAAUGAGUUCGGCGACUAUAGAGAAAUGCCCGACUUAGCGGUAGAGCGGAAGUUCCUUGGUAGUUCGGUUUAUAAGAACUUACGUUCUACCUAUGACCUGCUCGAUACCCGAUCGAAGCUGUGUUUGCUGUGUUUUGCUGUAUUCCCUGAGCAUGCUAAGAUCAAGAAGAGGGCCAUGUAUUACUGGUGGAUUGGGGAAGGGCUAAUUGACCCUUCAAAUAGAGAAGACAAGUCAGUUGGUGAUAUCCUGAAGGAGUUUGUGGAUAUGGGUUUUAUUCAACCGGUGAUCAAGAAGCGCAGGAUCGUGACUAACAGUAAAAGCUAUACGAUGUUACCGCUUAUACGCUCUAUGGUCGUGAUUCUGGCCAAGGAAGCGAUGUUUUUCGACUUCGAUUCCAGGGGUUGCCCCACGGUGGACUUCUCUAAGUGUCUCCGGUCUUGUUUGGUGAGAUCAAAAGAGGCUUCCUGGCAGAAUAUGAUGGCCGAGACCCAGGUUUCGGACUUGGAAAAGCUGCAUACUUUGUUCAAUGUCAAUGAGAGUUACCUGAAUUUCAAGGUGGAAUGGUUCUCGAAUAUGAAAAACAUAAACUCUCUCUCCCUGGGAAGCUGGCGAGGGUCGAAGAAAGAUCAUAUCGAAGUCGAGAACACGGAAUUCCUCCGGGGCUUGAAGUACAUGAAACAUCUGAAGUUAUUAAGCCUUCAGGGUAUAUCUAGAAUCACCGAGCUACCCAACUCGAUCGGGAAGCUUUAUAAUCUGCGGAUUUUGGAUCUCAGAGCUUGUCACAACCUCGAGUCACUUCCGGAUGAGAUAUGUUCCCUCAAGGAGCUCGUAGGCCUGGAUGUUUCUGGUUGCUACUUGCUUGAAUAUAUGCCCAAAGGGCUUGGUUCGCUUGUUAAGCUUGAAGUGCUUAUGGGAUUUGUGGUUAGUGAUCUCAAAGGUGGAAGCUACUGUACUGUCCAGGACUUGGCCAAGCUCAGCAAACUCAGGAAAUUGGGCUUUCGGACAAGCAGGAAGACAUUCCCAUCAAAGGGGGAGUUGACGACUCUUCAACAACUGAGUGAGCUUCGCAAAUUGACAAUUGAAUGGGGUGAGAUCUCAGAAAAGGAUGAAGGUACAGAGUCAGCUGGUGAUGACCGAAGCAAAAUCAAAUGCAUCUCGGGAUUAUUUCCAUUCAAGAAAUGCGCUACCCAGAAACCAAUAGCUGACGAGCCAAAACUUUUCGAAAAACUGGAGAAACUAGACCUGCUUUGUUACCCUUCGACCACACCGCCUGACUGGCUACUGCCCGAGAAGCUUGAGAACCUAGAGUCUCUCUAUGUCAGAGGAGGCCGUCUCCAUCAUUUGGGCCAGGUUCAAGGAGAUAAGAAGUGGAAAGUCACGACUAUGCGUCUGAAGUAUUUGAAUGAGUUGACAAUGGAUUGGAGGGAGAUGCAGCGAUCAUUUCCAGAAUUAGUCUGCUUGCAGACGGUUGAUUGCCCGAAGCUCACCUUGUUCCCGUGCAACAAGAAUGGAGUGUGGCUGAAAGAGCAGUUUUCUGAAAGCAAUCGGAAGAGAUUAACACCACAGGCAUGAAUACUAGUAGUCGCAAGGUCCUGGCAAGCUCAGAGUAUGGCUAGCCGCUCUUUUUUAUUUUUAUUUUUAUAAAGGUCUCAUCUUUUGGGAAUUUUCGUGAAGGUUUAAUUGUAUUCCUUCUGAUUUCAGGUUCCAGGUACAGCUAGUAUCUCUCUCUAUAAAUAUUCUACAUAAGUGUGAGCUUGUGAGAUUGGUAGAUAUGGUGAACUUGCUGCUUCUAGUGGAGAAAGCUAAGUUGGUGAUACUGUCAUUGGAAGAAGGGAAAGUGCAGAAAGUUACAAGCAUGUCAGUCCAUGGCAAAGAGUGAAAGAUCAUCCUAGAAGAUGUGGCCCUUCUUCCUUCUGUGUAAUGAUCAUCUUCCGUGAACUUGCCCUUCCAUUUUUAUCUUAUUGCAUAGUGGAAGGUGUUUGUCUGGGCUGUUCAUCUCCAUAAGAUGAUGACAAGCACACUUAAGAUUAUGUUUCACGACUUCUGCUCUCCCGAAUACUAGUAGGUCUUAAACUC